CCAGCGUUCACAUUCACUGAUUCACACAACAACUAUAGUCAUUCUCAUUUCAGAAUUUCCAAAUUCCAGAUUCAACUCUCUCUCUCUCUCUCUCUAUCUGUAUCUUUCUCUCUGCUCUUACCAGAAAAUUUCUCACGGCCUCUGUCUUCCCCAGGUCUUCUCCCCCCACCGCACUAUAUGAAUGAAAUGAAAGUAACUUCUUCUUUGCCCCUCCCAACCCAAGAAGACUACUCCUUUUUCUACAGCUUAUUUCAGGACGCCCUCAGCGAAAUGAAUACCAACACCACCACCGGCAACAACAGCAGGAAAAGGAGAAGAGACAACACAAAUGAUGAAGCUGACGAGGGCGAGACAACAACAGGAAACAAUAAGAACUUUAAGGAGAUUCUAACUUCGUAUCUUUUAUUGGAAGAGCAAGAAAAAUUGGACCAACAAGAGUCGGCCAGGGCUUAUCAGCAAGAGAGACAGCUCCUCGAGUCCAAUCACAAACAGAGGAGCCAAGCUAUGCUCAAUUAUUAUAACAAUCUUCAGGAUUAUUAUUCUGAUUUAGAGGAAUCGGAUGAGCAGCUGCGCACCAAGAGGUCUCGUCUCUCGGCUUCUGCUGUUGCUGCUGCUACCGCUUCUGUUGCGUCUGCUAAGGCCAAUUCUGAUGCCCCAAUUCAAUCUGGCGGUGCGGGCGCUACGGCUGGCCACCACCGCAGGCUAUGGGUAAAGGACCGAUCACAGGCUUGGUGGGAUAGAUGUAAUCACCCUGAUUUUCCUGAAGAAGAAUUCCGUAAGGCAUUUCGGAUGGGACGCGCUACCUUCGACAUGAUAUGCGAGGAGCUCAAUUCGGUGGUUGCCAAAGAGGAUACGAUGCUUCGUGCUGCAAUUCCUGUUCACCAACGAGUUGCUGUCUGUAUCUGGAGAUUGGCCACAGGUGAGCCCCUUCGCCUUGUGUCUAAGCGGUUUGGUUUGGGUAUAUCCACUUGCCAUAAACUCGUUCUCGAGGUUUGUUCGGCCAUAAAAACGGUUCUCAUGCCCAAAUUUCUCCAAUGGCCUGACGAGGAAGCACUGAAGAAUAUCAAAGAUGAUUUCGAAUCCGUGUCUGGAAUACCCAAUGUGGUUGGCUCCAUGUACACCACCCAUAUCCCAAUUAUUGCUCCUAAGAUCAGUGUGGCCGCUUAUUUCAAUAAACGGCAUACAGAGCGUAACCAGAAGACUUCUUACUCGAUUACAGUUCAGGGAGUUGUUGACCCAAGAGGAGUGUUUACAGAUGUCUGCAUUGGUUGGCCUGGUUCAAUGCCCGAUGACCAAGUUUUGGAGAAGUCUGCACUCUAUCAGCGGGCUAAUGCAGGAUUUUUGAAGGGUGUCUGGAUUGUGGGGAGCUCUGGAUACCCUCUAAUGGAUUGGGUCUUGGUGCCUUAUACCCAUCAGCACCUUACUUGGACCCAGCAUGCUUUCAAUGAGAAAAUUGGGGAGAUUCAGCGUGUUGCCAAGGAAGCAUUCUCCAGAUUGAAGGGGAGGUGGAGUUGCCUGCAGAAGCGGACAGAGGUGAAACUCCAAGACUUGCCGGUGGUUCUUGGGGCAUGCUGUGUAUUGCACAACAUCUGUGAGAUGAGGAAUGAAGUAGUGGACCCUGAGCUGAAGUUUGAGCUUAUUGAUGAUGAGAUGGUCCCUGAGAGCAACCUCAGAUCGGUGAGUUCAAUGCAGACUAGAGAUAACAUUGCUCACAAUCUCCUACACCAUGGCCUUGCAGGCACCGCAUUUUUCCAGUAGUUAUAGGGUUCCCCUAUUUGUUUUAUUUUGAUCCUUUGAGAUUGCAAUUCUUUUGACUACGGCUUCUUAGAGUCGUGUCUUUGAAUAAUACUAUUGUAAUCCAUUACCAAUUUGUCGAAGAGGCUCUGUAAAGAAUUCAUUUGCCCCUCCUACAAAUAGAUGAAUGGCCCUUUUAGUUUGAAAUUGUUUCCAUCCUUGACAAACAAAUAAUGAUGUAAUUUGGGUCAUCAAUUCAAUUACCCAUAAGAAGCCAAUGAGAUUGGUAAUCUGAUAUUCUUUUCUAUAGUAUGCCAUUAUUUUUCACAUA